UCUCGAAACAAACAAACAAACUAUGCUUCUCUCUCUCAAGAAUAACGCUUCACCCUUCUUCUCUCACUAAAACCCUUAUAUUGUUCUCACAAAGUUUCUUACUUUCAACAUUCACACCACCAUUUUGCUCUCAAACAAACAACACUGCUUCAAUUACAGGUUAUAAUGGCUGAAAAUUCAGGCCAAAUCAAUUUUAACGCUGACGAUGUUUUAUUUUAUCAAGAUAACGACGUUAUGGGGUUUAACUCUUCAAUGUCCAAUGUUAGUGUUGGCGUUUCUUAUUCUGAAACCCUAACCAGUGAUCCCGUUGGGUUUCACAUGAACUCAGGGUGUGAUGUUUUGAUUAAUGGCGGUGGAAAAGAGGGUUCUUGUGAAGAAAAGGUUAAAGAUUUGGAGGAUGGAGGAAUGUUUGGUGGGAAAGGAUGUCAGUUUUCAUGGGGGGUGAUGAAGAAUGAAGAUGAGAAAAGUUUGAUUCAAUGUUCAGAUAAAGGUUUGGUUUUUGAAUUUAAUGACGGUGUUGGGAUUGAACAGGAGUGUGAGAAUGUGGGGAAAAUUGCUUUGAGUAAUGAGGUUAGAGGAGUUGAGGUUGAUGGUGCAAUGAAAGCUGUUGAUAGUUUUGCUAUUAAAGACUGCCCUAGAGAUUCUCGUGCCUCGUACUUUGCAUCCUACAAAUUACAGGAUGGAAUUCCAUAUGUGGAUGUCAAUACAGAAGAGUCUUUGGAAGUGAAAGACAUGUUUUUGAGAAAUUGUCAUGGUCUUGAAACUUCAUAUGGGUUGAAACAGCCACCAAGGAAUGAGGUUCAAGGAGUUGAUGAUAAUCUGACCAAGUGCGUGCAGGAGGAGAUUAGAAACGUUGCUUUGAAGAAUUUAAGUGCAAUUAUGGAGGAUGAUGCAAAAGUAAAUGUGAUACAGAAACAAACCACAGACAUCAAUAUUUCUAGAGCAGGUCUGUCUAAGACUAUUCAAUACGACUGUCAUGGUUUUGAUCUUGUUGUAGAUCUCAAUUCUUACAAAAGCACUCAGGAGGAGGAUAGUGUGUAUAGGGAAUUGGUGUCUUCCAAUGCUAAUUUCCGUAUAUCCGACUUAGUAUGGGGAAAGGUUAGGGGCCAUCCUUGGUGGCCUGGUCAGAUAUAUGAUCCCUCAAUUGCAUCAGAGAAGGCAAAGAGGCUCCGAAAGGAGAACUGUUACCUGAUAGCAUAUUUUGGGGAUCAAACAUUUGCUUGGAAUGAAGUGUCCACGAUAAAGCCAUUUCAUAAGCAUUUCUCAGAAAUGGAGAAACAGAGCAAUAUGGAAAAUUUUCAACAUGCUAUUGUUUGUGCUUUAGAAGAGGCCUCAAGACGGGUUGAGUUUGGCUUGUCUUGUCCUUGUGUGCCUGGAGAGAGGUCUUCUAAGCUAAAAACUGAAGUAAUUGAUAAUGCUGGAAUCCUUCAACAAUCAAGCAGAAGAAAUGGAGGGGACAGGUUUGUAAAUGCGGCAUCUUUUGAACCGACAGAACUUGUCAAUUAUGUUAAAUCAUUAGCCCAGUCACCAGAUAUUGAAAUUGAUAGAUUGAAUUUUGUAAGUGCUCGAGCCCAAUUGUCGGCUUUCUAUCGCUCAAAAGGCUAUUCUCAACUGCCUGAGUUUGCAGUGCAUGAUCGGUUGUUCGAGAAAGAUACAGAAAUUCUACCUGUAACAGGGAAAGAGCAGUGCGGUGAUCAAAUUAAUGAGCAAGUUUGGGAAACCCAUCAAGGCCUUUCGCAGACGUCCAAGCACAUCUCUUGGAAUACCAAGCAGAGUUGCAAAAAGAAUAAACUUUUGUCAGAUUUAAUGUCUGAGAAGAACCCCUGUAAUCCAAAUGGUGAAUUUACGCUCGAAAAGAAAGCUGGUGAUAAUUCAACUUCACGGCGUGGCAGAAAACGGAAGGCAGCUUAUGAUACUUCUUAUGAUUGUUUUCAUCAUUCCAAAAUCAGUGCCAAUAAUUCAACUUCACGGCGUGGCAGGAAACCGAAGGCAGCUUACGAUACUUCUGGUGAUUGUUUCAAUAGUUCCCAAACUGGAAACUUCGCUCAAUUACAGAAUAUAUCAAUAAACGAGAUGCGGUCUCAACUAUGCUCAGCUGCCAAGGAUCCUGCAGGAGAAAAUUACUCCAGGGAUAUGAUAAUGUUUUUAUCAGAAUUUGGAAAAUUCACUGGCCGGAACAAUUCUGUUUACCUGGAGCAGGGAUUUUCUUUGGAACAAGAACAUGGUGGUGAGAUUGGAGUAGUGACCACUACAGAAGCUGCUGCUUUCAUGUCAACACCAACGGAGGAGCUUUGCAUUGAUUCUUAUUGGACUGAUAGAGUAAUUCAAAGCAAUUCUGAAGAUCAGACAUUUGUAAAAAGCCAGAAUGAAAAAGAGGAACUUUCGCCAGCUGCUGAAAUUACCCCAAAUCCAGGUUUAAUGCAUCAAGAGACUGAUGGAAAUCUCGGAUCGGAACCUUCUAACCCGGUGGAACAUUUGGCUGAGAGUUCUCCUACUGCUCUGACUCUGAAGUUUACAAACUUGGAUUCGGUUCCUUCAACAACAAAUCUCAACAAGAUCUUUGGCCGCUUUGGGCCACUAAUUGAAUCAAAGACUGAACUGCUACCGAACACUAACCGCGCCAGAGUUGUUUUCAAAAGACGUCUUGAUGCAGAAACUGCGUUUAGUAGUGCUGGAAAGUAUAGCAUAUUUGGACCUUCACUUGUUAGUUACCGUCUCAAGAUUUUGCCUCCUCCCUUGAAGAAAGGUACAGGAAAGCGAGGAAGAAAAAGAAAAAAUGAAAAAAGUUCUGGAGAUGGAGCUGCAGUUUGAUGCCUAGGUGUUAUCCUUUUUCAACCUCAAAUUAUUGCUGAUUUUAUGUGAAUAUCCACUUUCUUAGUUUUAGUGUUUUGAUGAGUUGUUAACUUGGCUUGCAUGCCUAAUGCAUAUAAUUAAGUAGCUGACACUAAUAGAUGAUAUUUAGAAAUCUUCUGGGGAUAGUAUCAUUUCCAUUUUAUUAUGAUGGUGCAAAUAUUUUGGGACAAAUAUGAACAAAAAGUUCAAAGUUUCAGCUAGUGUAUGACUUUGUUUGACAAGUGAUAUUUUUAUGAAUACUACUAGUACAUUAUUACUGCAUUUUCCUAGUCA